CCUCUGUUUCUCCUUCAACUGAUCCAACUCCACAUGAUUAAUUUGAACAAAUCGGUUAUAUCACAUCCCUGGUAUAUCCACGGCUGUCAGUCGUAAAACUCAACCCGAGAGGUUGAUAAACUCGGGCCGGAAUAAAAUGAAGACUGUUUUCAAUUCUCUCGACUUGGCGGCCGCUGUCCAAGAGCUGAAAAGCUUGCAUGGGAUGCGGAUAAACCAGAUCUACGAUAUAGAUCAUAAGACAUACAUUUUUAGGUUUCACAGUCCGAAUAAGAAGACAGUACUUCUCAUAGAGUCAGGUUCACGCAUUCACAUUACAACAUACACAUGGCCAAAAAGUCCGUGUCCUUCUGGCUUCACGAUGAAGCUGAGGAAACACCUAUCAAAUAAAAGACUAGAAAAUAUCAACCAACUUGGGAAUGAUAGAAUAGUUAUAAUGCAAUUUGGUGUCGAUAUAGCGAUGCAUUAUUUAAUAGUAGAAUUUUUUCAACGGGGAAACAUCAUACUUACGGACAACACUAUGUCUAUUUUAAGUGUGCUUACACCACACAAAGAAAAAAACGUCAGAUUUGCAGUUCGUGAGAAAUAUCCGAUGGACCGAGCGCACGAAAAAUUAGCCCCACCUACUUUUGAUAAACUCCAGGAAAUGAAAGCAAAUGCCAAAAAGGAUGCAACUAUUCACAAAUCUCUUCUGCCAGUUAUAGAUUUUGGAGCUUCUCUCAUUGAACAUGCCCUUGUGUUGUCAGGGCUUGCAAAAAACACGAAAUUUUCUGGCGAUAUUCCUGAAGAUAAGCUUAAACUUCUAGAGCAAAAUCUAUUAAAAGCUGAAGAAAUUUUUAAUGAAAUUUCUACCAAAGGGUGUAAGGGUUAUAUCAUCAAACAAACUGUGAAGAAUGUGGAUGGUACUGAUAUUGAAAAUUAUCUUGAAUUCCAUCCUUAUCUAUUUAAGCAGUUUGAAAAUUCACAAUUUAGCGAAUAUGAUACAUUUAAUGAUGCUGUUGAUGACUUCUUUUCUAAAAUCGAGUCACAAAGUAUUGAAAUGAAAGCUGUAAUGAUGGAAAAAGAGGUUCUUAGCAAAGUUGAAAAAAUAAAGCAAAAUCAGGACAGCAGGAUUUAUGAAUUAACUGUCACGCAAGAAACUGAUAAGAAAAAAGCUGAUCUGAUUAUGUGCAACAGCGAUAUCGUAGGAGAUGCAAUAUUGAUUAUAAAUUCAGCGUUGGCCGCUCAAAUGGACUGGUCUUCCAUAGACACAAUGGUUAAAAAUGCUCAAAGCCAGAAAGAUCCAGUUGCUUUAAUAAUUAAAUCUCUUAACUUCCAGACCAAUCAUAUAACACUCCUUUUAAGAGACAUUUAUGAUGAUGUAUAUGGUGAGAGCGAACCUACUCCUGUGGAUAUUGACCUGGCUUUGUCAGCCCAUGCUAAUGCUAAACAAUACUAUAAUCACAAGAAGUAUGCUGCACAAAAAGAGAAAAAGACUUUAGAAUCACAAGACAAGGCACUCGUGUCGGCUCAAAAGAAAGCGAGAACCGCUCUUAAAGAGAUCAAAACCCUGACAACAAUAAAAAAAAUCCAAAAGCCAUACUGGUUUGAAAAGUUUUAUUGGUUUAUAAGUUCAGAAAAUUAUUUAGUUAUUGGAGGAAGAGAUCAGGCACAGAAUGAACUCAUUGUAAAGCGCUAUAUGACAGCUGGAGAUUUAUAUGUCCAUGCUGAUAUCCACGGUGCUAGCAAUGUUGUAAUUAAAAACCCUUCUGGUAAACCUGUACCUAUUAAAACAUUAAAUGAAGCUGGAACGAUGGCUGUAUGCUGCAGUGUCGGUUGGGAUGCUAAAAUUCUUUGUUCGGCAUGGUGGGUUACUCAUGAACAAGUGUCAAAAACUGCGCCAACCGGUGAAUACUUGCAGACGGGAAGUUUCAUGGUUCGAGGGCACAAAAACUAUUUACUUCCUGCUCAACUGGCCAUGGGGUGUGGUUUUUUGUUCAGAGUCUCAGAUUCUUCAGCAGAGAGACAUAAAGAUGAAAGACGAGUACGGAAUGUUGAAAAUAUUUAUGAACAAUCUACUUCUGAAAAUAAAGGUACAGAUGACUCUCGUAUUGAAGAUGAUAGACAAGGCGAAAAAUCAGACAACACUUCAGGAGUCGAAGAGCAAACUGUUCGACUAGAAGAACAAUUUGAAACUCUUAGUGUUAGUUCUAAGAGCUCAGGUGAUGAUGAUAAUGAAAACAAAGACACUAUAUCGCUGUCAAAAGAUGAAUGUGAUGACUCCGGGAAAGGGCAGCCUUUGCAGCCCGACAAAAGUGCAAGUGACGUCAACAGAAAUGACUCGGACGAUGAAGACGAUUCGGGCAAUGAAGGGCCGUCAUUACAGUGUGAAGAGGAGAAGAGCGACGUUAAAAAAGACAAAUUGGAAAUAUACGAUGACGAUUCCGGCAAUGAAGGGCCACCUUUACAGUCCGAAGAAGAUAAUGAUUUGAAGCAAUCAGACAAUAAAAACAUAAAGGCUAAACAGAAACCUAGAAACACAAACAAAAAUGUUAACCAACAACGCGGGCAGAAAGAAGAAAAACAAACAGAUUUUGCUGUCCCGAGCAAUUCAAAACAAGCCAAAGAGACUGCACCUUUGAAGAGAGGCCAACGGAGCAAACUAAAAAAAAUCAAGGAAAAGUACAAAGACCAAGACGAAGAGGAGAAAAAACUACGCAUGCUCGUUCUUGCCUCUGCCGGUGAGAAGAAACUGACGAAAAAGGAAAAGAAAAACUUGAAAAAUCAAAAGCCACAGAUCACUGAGAAGCCCAAAUUUAAGAAACCAGCCGAAGUUACACAGAAAGUAAAAGAACCGGAAGAUCUUGACGAAUUGGAACAGAAAAUACAGACAGAUUUAGACGCCCUUGCAGUCCUGACAGGACAGCCAUACCCAGACGAUGAACUUUUGUAUUCAUUACCCGUGAUAGCACCGUAUAGUACCUUACUUAACUACAAAUUUAAACUGAAGCUUGUGCCUGGGACUACGAAAAAAGGCAAAGCGGCAAAGUUGGCCGUCGAAACAUUCAUUCGAAAUGAAGAGUGCACCCAAAGGGAAAAAGAACUGAUCAAGACUGUGGAUUGUCAGAAGUUUGCGACAAACUUCCCUGGGAAAGUCAAAAUUUCAGUACCGAUUUCUACAAAAAAGAAGAAAAACCCUGCAAAGCCGUCAGUCGGGGGAGAAGAAACUUUCUGAAGUUUCAACUUAUACUCUAAAUUUGGAUUUUUUCAAAAUGAAAAACAAAAGCCCUUUCGUAAAUUGUAUAUAAAUUCAUUGUGAUAAAUUUGUACUUACGGA